CGUGCGCCCCCGCCGCCUGCCUCAGCGCAGUGGUCAUCGGUCAGCGCGCGUUCUCGCUACGCGUUCUCCACUUCUCCCCACGGCCCACGCCUUUCCCAGCCAAAAGAAAUAUCCAAUUCCUCACCCUACCCCCUCGCUGCUUUCUCCUCCCCGUCGACCUCGCCAAUCUUCCUCCCGCUAACCCUAGUCCAGCACCCGAGAUCUACUCCGCGCAAACAGCCAUGGCGGAGACGCUCGACAUGACCCUCGACGACAUCAUCAAGAACAACAAGAAGAGUAACCCCUCGUCUCGCGGGGCCCGCCGCAGCCGCGGCGUAUCCGCCCCUGGCGGCGGGACCGGCGGGGUCGGGCCGACCAGGCGCCCCUUUAAAAGGGCUGGGAACAGGCAGGCGCCCUACCAGCCGCCGAAGGCCCCCGACGCUGCGUGGCAGCACGACAUGUACCCUGCGGUCGCCGCAGGAGGCGGCGGCGGCGGCGGGAGGGUCUCGGCUCUCGAGACGGGCGCCAAGCUCUACAUCUCCAACCUGGACUUUGGGGUUUCGAACGAGGAUAUUAAGGAGCUUUUCUCUGAGCUAGGUGAUUUGAAGCGUUUUUCGAUAAAUUAUGAUCGAAGUGGGAGGUCUAAGGGAACAGCUGAAGUUGUAUUUGCAAGGCGUUCUGAUGCUGUAGCGGCGGUUAAGAAAUAUGACAAUGUCCAACUUGAUGGUAAGCCCAUGAAGAUAGAGAUAGUUGGUACCAAUACUCCAGCUGCAGCAGCUGCUCAUCCAGUCCCUAAUGGUGGUCAUGCUAGGAAUGCUGCGAGGAGUGCCGUAGGCUUCCCGCACUGUCCGGGGUCUGGGGAAGGGUAUCUUUAAGCGCCAAGCCUUACCCGCAUAAUAUGCAGAGGCUAGAGCUCGAACCUGGGACCUUCCGGUUACAGACGUGCACCAAAGGAUGCUGCUCCAGCAGGUAUGUCGCAGCAUAGAACCCAUCAGAGGGGUGGGAGGCGUGCUGCUGGAUCUGGUGGUGGUCGUCGUGGCAAAGAGCGCAGCAAGCCAAAGUCGACUGAAGAACUCGAUGCUGAUUUGGAGAAGUAUCAUGCUGAUGCGAUGCAGACCAACUAAAUACAUUCACAAAUUUGAUAUUCGACAUCAAAUAUCAAGCGCAUUAGUCCUUCCAUUACAGCUGUUUGUGCUACCAUGUUCAGGGGACAACAAACCUUUUCUUUGUUGGGGGCGGGGGUAUUGCUUUACUGAGUUUUGUGGAUUUUAUGUGUUUACAAUAGAACUAGAGUUGGGUGAUGCUGAAUACUUUUAUGGAAAUUACUUGGUUGCAAGUUGCUCGACAUGUGAAAGUUGGUUAUGUAUGAAGGUACUCAGAUGUUCCCUGGUGACCUAGUUGUGUGCUUCCAUUCUGGUGUUGCUCAGACUUUUCUCUGCUGUAGGCCUGUUCAAGCUCUAGCCAUCUAAGUAGGAGGUGUCUGUUGCAUAUUGUGAAACAUUGUGAUGUUUAUUUUGGGCAUCUUAAGCUAUCUUCUCUGGCACAUUAAUGAUUUCAUGAGCUUCAAGGUGCCUUUCUUUUACAAGUUGAUUCCUUGCUUGCAUAAUCCUCACUUCCGGUGUCCACGAAGUCCGAGUUAACUGACUUGGCUGCCACUAGUCCGAUUGAAGCAUCAUGGUGCAAAUCCUCCUUCAAGAUCUGCUAUUGAUAGCUUAGAGAUAGCUGCACUAUUGAUGCCUCUACUUCAUUUUGGACUACUAUAGGCCCUCUUUGCGUAUUUAUGCUAUAUAAACAUAUGGGGGCAUCCUCUACAAUGGUUGAUCUUGUCUACUGUGCUUUGGAGUUCCUUUCAACUUCGCUUGGAUCCUUUGAUGACAAAUGGAAUCAUGUGCCUCUGCCCAGAAAAUCAGUUUCUAACUGAAACUCUCUCUUUUGCUUGCUUUCAUACUUAUGUCAAUGGCGAUGCCUGAUGUGGAGCUUGUUUUGUCAUCAACCUUGGCUGUGCGAAUCAUAAGUGGUGGUGGUUUAUAUCAUCAUGGUUUCACAAUCUUGGGAUUCUUGGCCACCAUGUUGACAUUGAUAUAGUAUAUCACAUUAGGAACUCACAGGCUGUUAUGUUCCUUCCCGUAACAUCUGAACUGGUGGUAAUAGCUGUUGCUCGGAUGAGGUAGGAGUCUUUUCUUUUGUUUCCUGUUAUAAUUAUUAUUGGUUCAAUUCUGUUGCAAAUUAUGUCAAUCUUUUUGCCUUUUACUGCUUAAUGAUACAUGGUUCUAUCUGGUGAAAUCAUCUUGCUGUGUGAAAUGCUAUAUGGUUCUAUCUGGCAAAAUCGGAUUGCUUUGUAUUGUACUCCCUCGUUCCUAGAAUUCUAGGAUGCGAUAGAAUAGUGCUAAGCCAUUACAAUCUGACGUCUGAUCAAAUUUAUAUUAAAAGAUAUUCCCUCCGUUCCGAAAUAUAGUUCUUUCAUCUACUUUUUCUCUCCACAUUCAUUCAAAAUGAUGAUGAAUAUAGGCAUACACUCAAACUGUAUUCAUGUGCUAUAAUUAGUCUAAAACAAACUAUAUUUUGGGACGGAGAGAGUAAGAUUUUUCUUAAUAUGUAUCAUCACUAAUAAAGUAUAUUUUGUUAGUAUAGCAAUUUUGGAGGGAACACAUGACUGUUUUCGAUAAACUUAGUCAAACAUAUGAUUUGACUUUGACUGGAUUUAGAAUUGUUUCUUUUUGUGAUGGAAACGAGAGGUAGAAUUGCAUGGAAAGGACUGAGGUAUUUUUUUCGGUAAUAAAUGACGAUUGAAUUGUAUCUUUUUCGGUAAUUAAAGAAGUGACUUAGAUGCACUUUCUGAAUGUUGAUGAUAAAUGGUGGGAUGGAAUUGACGGAUGUUGAUAAAUUUGAUUGAAUUGUAUUAGACGAUAGAUAGUGAUUGAAUUGUAUCCUUUUUGGAUGGAAAUAAGGGAGGUAGAAUUGCAUCCUUUUUCAGAUGGAAAGGACGGAGAUAUUAGACGACUUUGUUGUGAAACAUGUGCCUCUCCAAUAAAUAUUUCUUCAAGGUUAGGAUUCAAUUGUUGUGAAACCUCUUUGAAUGAACAGCCAUUUAAGAUGCCGUUUUCACCUAUUCCAGAUGUCUUCAUAUGGAUAAACUAAGGGUCUGUUUGGUUUGAUGUCUAACUUGCCACACUUUGUCUAACUUUUCUGUCUAAGGUUAGGGGCCUGUUUGGUUUGUGGCUAAAUGUGCCACACUUUGCCUAAGGUUAGUCGUUCGAAUUGAAUAACUAACAUUAGGCAGAAAAGUUAGGCAAUGUGUGGCAACUGAGGUAGUGAACCAAACAUGCCUUAGUUCUUCUAUUCGAACGACUAACCUUAGGCAAAGUGUGACACAUUUAGCCAUGAACCAAACAACCUCUAAAUGCUACUAGUGGAUUGGCUAUGUUUUUGUUGACUUUUGUGUUGCAUGCGUGCACAAGAUUCAAAAUAAGGCUAGUACAAGUAAUAAAUCAUAUUCAUAAUGCAUACUGCAUAGACACAUUUUGGAAACUAUUUGGAUACUAGCGAGUUCAUGACUAGUGCAAUUACAAUUAGGCUGCUGUUUACAUUUUUGUGGUGAAUAAGGGCAUGUUUGGUUUAGGGCUAACUGUGCCACACUUUGUCUAAGGUUAGUCGUUCGAAUUGAAUAACUAACCUUACACAGAAAAGUUAGUCAGCAAACCAAACAUAUUCCUAACUGACAUAUUCAAAUGGUGGCUUGUUUUUAUGGGUAAUGUGUGCAUCUGUACGUUCCGCUAGGCUGCAAGGACCUGAUUUGAAUGGAGAACCCGAUCGGCCCUAGGUGAGACUCUGUAUCCUGAUGCUUCACCAUGUCGAUCUCACGAAGCACGUACAGCUGCAAACCACCACUCAACAAGCGAUGGAAACACUCACAUCAUAGUGCUUCGCCAUAUCGAUCUUACUAAGCACGUACAGGUGCAGCUGCAAGACUGGUCGAGUAGUACAUGGUUUCUAUUCACCAAGUCCAAGAGGGAUUUUUUUUAUACGGUACAAGGACGCCAUACACUCACACCACUACACACGUAUACACACGGCAUGUCCUUACACACCAAAUUCAAUACCACUGAAUGCAUAUUCUGUACCUAUAGAAAAAUCUCAGGUUAUUGGUGCGUAUCAAAAAAAAAUAUCGGCUUAUAUUGGAUUUUAUGACUGAGAUAAUGGUGAUAAUUUUUUUUUCUUUUGAAUAUGUCUAAGAUGGUCUUGUAUUACCAACUCAAAUUCUAUAACUAUCUCGACAAAAUCUAAGAAAUUA